AUGGGCUCGGACGUUCGCGACCUCAACGCGCUGUUGCCACCGUCGGUGCCGCCCCUUACGGGCAAUGGGAACUGCUCCAUGCCGGUGAGCAGCGCGACGCAGUGGGCUCCGGUGCUGGACUUUCCGCCGGGGGCCUCCUACGGCUCGCUGGCCCCGCCGCCCUCGGCUUUCAUCAAGCAGGAGCCCAGUUGGAGCGCUACCGAGCCGCAUGAGGAACAGUGCCUGAGCGCCUCCACCGCCCACUUCUCCGGGCAGUUCACUGGCACGGCUGCCGCCUGCCGCUACCGGCCCCUGGGCCCCCCGCCCCCCAGCCAAGCCCCCUCCAGCCAGGCGCGGAUGUUCCCCAACGGCCCUUACCUGCCCAACUGCCUAGAGAGCCAGCAAGCCAUCCGCAAUCAAGGUUACGGCACAGUGGCGUUUGAUGGAGCUCCAAGUUACGGCCAUACUCCCUCUCACCCUGGGGCACAGUUUACAAACCACUCCUUCAAGCACGAGGACCCCAUCGGCCAGCAGACGCCUUUAGGUGACCAACAGUAUUCGGUGCCUCCCCCAGUGUACGGCUGCCACACUCCCACAGACAGUUGCUCCGGCAGCCAGGCUCUUCUCCUGAGGAACCCUUACAACAGUGACAAUAUAUACCAAAUGACUUCUCAACUUGAAUGCAUGACAUGGAACCAAAUGAACUUGGGAUCCACACUUAAGGGCCAUGCAACAGGAUAUGAAAGUGAUAAUCACGCAGGCCCAAUGUUAUAUAGCUGUGGGGCCCAGUACAGAAUACAUACCCAUGGAGUUUUUAGAGGAAUUCAGGAUGUGCGGCGGGUGCCUGGAGUGGCUCCGACAAUUGUUAGAUCAGCAAGUGACACAAAUGAAAAGCGACCUUUCAUGUGCGUGUAUCCUGGCUGUAACAAGAGAUAUUUUAAACUGUCUCAUUUGCAGAUGCACGGUAGAAAGCACACUGGAGAAAAGCCGUAUCAGUGUGACUUUAAGGACUGUGAACGAAGAUUCUCUCGUUCAGAUCAACUCAAAAGGCAUCAAAGGCGGCAUACAGGUGUGAAACCCUUCCAGUGUAAAACCUGUCAGAGAAAGUUCUCCAGAUCUGAUCAUCUGAAGACUCACACCAGGACUCAUACAGGUGAAAAACCUUUCAGUUGUCGGUGGCCCAGCUGUCAAAAGAAAUUUGCUCGAUCUGAUGAAUUGGUCCGCCAUCAUAAUAUGCACAACAGGAACAUGACUAAACUUCAACUAACCCUUUAGAUGUUUCAUAGUUUUUGCACAACCCAGAUG